AUAUUACAAUAUUAUAUGCAAUUUAUUUUCUUGAUUAAUUUGAACAAGGGAAAUAAGAAAUAAUAUGUAGGUAUAACGAUAAGCAAAAAUGGUAGAUAAUGUACAUCAUAGGUUGAUUUAAUUGACACUGUGUCUAAUUAUAGAUGAUUCCCGAGCGGUUAUUACCCAUAGCUCUAAAAUUAAAGUGAUAGUGAUAUCGACUAUUAUUUAGAAUAAAUAUAAACAGAAUAGAAUAACUAUAAAUAGUAUAAAGGUGCGAUUCAUUAGGGCGCGACUAUAAACGCGCGACCGAUGUGGCAGACGCAAUGCGGCUCUUUUUUUGGCCCCACGAGCCGCACGGCUCAAUGACGGAUUCCCUACAACUAAAAUUCAACGCAAGAGACUCGUGGCGAUUUUUGUCAUUCGUUCGAGCGCAUUUGAACUGCUUACAAUCGGAAGAAAAAAUGCUCAUAAAACUACUUCUUUUAGAAGAAAUUUACGAAGAAGAAGCAAUAAUCGAACAUUCAAUAAAAAUAUGCAACACAAAGAAAAUUCACAAUUUGUUUCUUACUAGAAAAAUUGAACGAUUUUACAGCAUUAUAAUAGAAAAACAUUUGUUUGAAGAUGAGGAAAUAUUUAGAGAAUUCAGUAAAAACAAAACAAUCAAAAUUUAAAAAAAAAUGCUGUGUUCAACAGUCCCGCGGCUGAUGCGUUUUGACCGCUUCUGGAGUAGUCGCAGUCGCACGUCGCCGGCGAUGCGAUCUUCGCGUGCGGCUACGGUGGUUUAGGGAAACUAUUCUAUUUAAAAACGUGAAAACCAGUAAUGUGCGGCCAAAAAAAGAGCUACGUUGCGUCAGCCGCAUCGGUAGCGCCCUAAGGAAUCGCACCUUAAAUAUUAAAUUGUGUUAGAGUAUAGACACUAUCUUAAAGCAUUGAUUAAACAUACAUAUAUAUAUAUAUAUAUAUAUCUUCAAGAAUUGAAAAAUGGUAAUUUUUCAAUCGCAAACAUGUUGGUAUCAACACAAAUAUGUAUUUGGAAGCUCUUCAUAAAAAUAUCAAAUAUUACUAUUUAGAAGGAAAGCAAUGCAGAAGACUCGAUUUAGCCCUUAAUGCAGUAAUGUUGUUGGUGCGAGACAAAUGUUUUGAAACGAUCAUGAAGAUUUCAAAUUUUUUGACAUAGACAAAGAGU